CUUUGAUUUUGACUUGGACUCGACUUUCAUCAUGGACGAGUCAACACCUCCACCACCAGAUAUCGACGCAUACCCACCCCCACCCCCACCAUCAACAUCAACAGGCACGCCAACAGAUUUCUUGAAAGGCGUGGUCGGGAAAAAGGUCAUCGUGCGUCUCACAUCAGGUGUUGAUUAUCGAGGCGUGCUUUCAUGUCUAGAUGGAUAUAUGAACAUUGCGCUGGAGCAGACUGAGGAGCAUGUGAAUGGGGUAGUUACGAAUCGAUACGGGGACGCGUUCAUUCGCGGGAAUAAUGUGUUGUAUAUAUCUGCCGCAGAACCGCUAUAAUCAUACAGUCGCUCUGACUCUUAUCGUACAAUGUGAACAUACUUCAUGCAGAUCCUCGUUAUGAACGCGGCAGUCCGCAAUGCAUGUAUGACUAGGGACCUGCCUACUACUACACAGUUGUUCACACAUCAAAUCGACGCCGAUCCCAACAACUUUGAUUUCUAUGCCAGUCGUUCAUUCGACAUGGCGAG